AUGAAGCUCUCCGCUGCCAUCACCACCAUUUUCAUGGCUGUUGCCGCUUCGGCCAACCCAUUCCGCCCUGCCAGCAAGCGCAACCCCAAGUCCGCUUACAUGAACAAGUUGGUCAAGGGAGCCAAGGCCACCCGUAAGCUCGAACAAGAAAUUGAUUUGACUUCCUACUCUUUGAAGUUCGAACAAUGCCAGUUCGUCAAGACCUACAGCGAUGAACUCGCCGACGAUGAGGAUUCCGCCACUGUCUUGGCCACUCAGCGCUUUGUCAUUUUCCGCCUUUGUCCCGAAGGCUACUGCAGCACCUGCAACUACAACUAUGGAGAGUAUGUCAUUGACCUCGAGACCUACCUUGAGGCCACUGUCCAAUACCAACAAGAACUCCAGGAAGAGAUGUGCAAUUACUGCGAGGAGAACUGCGUCAACCAAGAGGCAGACGAAGAACAGGAAGAUCAACAGGAGGACGAAGAUGGUGGACGUCGUCUUCAGUACAAUGUUGACUGCGACACUUGCUACGAAGAGUGCCAGAAGAUUGAGAACAUGGAAGAGAAUGGAUACGUUGAUGCCACCAACUUCCUUGAGUGCCAAAUGAUCUAUGACCCCGAAGAUGAUGGCCGUGAGGCUCUCUACGCCGGUCCCAUCUGCGCCAGUUACGGAACCAAGAUCAAGAUUGGAGUUUUCACCGACGAGGAAUGUAUGACUGUUGAUGCCAGCAAGGAUGUCGAAGACUACCUCAAGGAUGGAGAUGGUUACCAAAUGAAGUUGUCUCACGCUCUCUUGAAGACCAUCUACGCCGAGGACACUUGCAUCUCCUGUAUGGAAGUCCAAGAGGAAGACGACAACGGUGACGGAGACAACCAAGACGCUCCCGAGACCAACGAAAUGUGCCGUGCAUUGUACGAGGAAGCUGCCAAGUGCGAAGACAGCCAUGGAUUCGAAGGUGCCUUCUACUACAACAACGGAAACAACAACAAUGGAGACAACCAAGAGAACCAAUAUUACAACCAGGAAGCCCAAGAAGAACUUGUAUGCGACUUCAUCUCCUCUCUGCAAUCCGGAACCUACGACGAGACUGGUGAAAUCAUCAUCUCUGGAGGAUCAAGUGUUGUCGGAGGAGGAUCCAAGACCACUGGAGGACAGAAGUUCGCCCUCACUUUCUUCAUCCUUGGAACCGUCGGACUUGCAGUGUACUCUGCCAUGCUCCACUCCAAGCUUACCAAGGGAGGAAAGGCCGACCUUUCAACACAAGGUGGGGCCAUGGCAUAA